GACUGAGGAGGCGACGGAGAGAGGGAGAGAGAGGCGGCGUCCGCCCAAGCAGGGAGAAGACACUGAGCGGACCCCAGGUGGAAAAGGAGGAAAAAACACCCACCCUUGCGCGCACACCGGGUCGUCUCUCAGACAGAUUUUUGCAAUGGGUUGCGGAUUAAACAAGUUGGAAAAACGUGAUGAAAAACGGCCUGGUAACAUCUAUUCAACUUUGAAGAGGCCUCAAGUAGAGACCAAAACAGAUAUUUUCUAUGAAUAUCGCUUCUUGGAAUUUACAGCUUUAAGUGAUGAGGAGCUACCAGGAUCAUCAGCAAUCAGGCUUUCCUCAUUGCAUGAUCUUCCAGCUCAGCUGCAAGAAUUGUACCAGCAGGGCUUCAUCUUGGCUGCUUUCCAUCCCUUUGUGCAGCCAACUAAUGAGAAUGAGAGGACUCCCCAGGAACAAAUCUUCAGGGCUGUGUUGAUCAAGAAAACAGAAAGAUCCCUGAAAAAUGAUGCUGUCAGUGAAGGGAGUACUUUAGAGAUGGAAAGUUGCUUCUCCUCAGAUCAUCUUCCAGACAAAUCUAAAAUGCCAGACCUCCUUAAGAAAAUUCAAGAUGCAGCAAGUCGAGGCUUGAGGUUUGUUGGACUGAUACCUCAGUACGCUUCCCAAAUGAACUCCAAGAGCAGCAGUGCUGUAAUAUGCACCAGCAACAGCUCCAGAGAACUAAGAGAACUAAGAGGUGGCAGAAAUCUAUCAGAUUUUCCUGAGGAUUGUGCUUCAUUGGAUCCUGAAAAAGCAGAUUGCACUAAUGGAUGCAAAAUCCCAGAAGCAAGGAAAGAAAAUGUUGACCAGUGUGUAGACGUCAGUGAAGAUCUAGGAGGUGAAGGGCAGAUUACUGAACAUCUCAGUCUAAGCUCUGCUGGAGAAAAUGGAGGACAACCUCAAGAAUCUGAGAUCUUUGCUCUCUUCAACAAGCCAAAGAACUUGCAGAGAUCCAGCCACUACUACAUCAUAACAAUCCCUAUGAGAAUCUUCAGCAACGGGCAGAGCAUUAGCAGCUUGGAAGCCAAUUGGUUGGAGCACAUGACAGAUCAUUUCCGGAAAGGGAGCACAUUGGUGAAUGCCUUCUUCAGUCUUGGAAUGGUAAAUGAUUCCUUCCAGGGCACGACAGAUGGAAUGUUUAUUUUUGAAGAUCUUUCCGUGGAAGACAGCAAAAUUAUACAUGGCUAUGAUGCUAUUGUUGUAGAACAAUGGACUGUUCUGGAAGGGGCUCGUGUGCAGGCAGAUUACAUUCCCCUGCUGAACUCUCUUGCAGUGUAUGGCUGGCAGCUGACUUGUGUGCUUCCCACUCCAGUUGUAAAGACAAACAGGGAUGGAAAUUUAUCCACGAAGCAGAUUGUCUUUCUUCAGAGACCCAUCCUGCCCCAGAAAAUCAAGAAGAAACAAUCUAAGUUCCACUGGAGGUUCUCCAAAGAAGAGAGGCAUCACAAGCAAGCCAAGAAAUCUCUGAAGGCUAAACUAAGAGACAAGCAGACAGAAGAAGCACAAGAGUUAGAAGUCACAGAAAAUGCAAGAAAUUCAGAAACACAGUUCUCCACAAUUGAAGGUGGUGUACAGUUCCCAGUAAUCUCAGCUGAAAAACUGACCGGUGUUGAAGACCGAAGAAAAGAAGCUGUUCGGCAUAAAGAUGUGCCUCUCUGUGACAAUGAGGUGCCUGCCAAACAGUGGAACGCCAGUCAUGAAGCUGAUCAGGACACGGGAGACUUGUGUUCGGAUCAGACAGGCAUGUAUGAAAACUGUGAGGGCCAAAUGUUCCAAGAGCAUUACACUGUAGCAGACUGUGAUGGGGACUAUGGGGACAAACAGUAGAAACCAAUUUUGAAUCUGAUUGUCAGUGCAACUGAGAGGCAAACAAUUUGCCAGGGUAAAGAAUCCAUUUUGAUUAUCACUGCUGAACAAUACUGCAUAAAAAUCUUGAUUUGACAUUGCGGGGUUUAUACAGGUACACAGCAGAAAUGUAGUAUUAUUGCAUUUUCAGCUUGGCUAUGUAUGCAAACUUAUUCCGGCUUUUUCUGCUACUCAAGAAAACCUAUGGAUAUUUAAAUGUUUUGAGCUGCUGUUUAAACCAAACAAAAAUGAAGUCCUCUACUUAAUAGGUUCAUAUUUUUUAUGGAAGUAUCAUUGAUGUGCACCAUAUUUUUACUCGGUUUUGUCUAAUGGAACUCAAAAUACAAGGAAAAGCUUUAAAGAAGGGGCUAUAAUUAAAUUUAUCUUACACAUAUCUAUUUGUAUUGCCUUCUAAGCUACUUAUAUAUUGAACAUAUUUAAAGCAAUAACGGAGCCAUGUAUUUUGUCUGGAAAACCACUAGUGGCAAAGAGCAAUGAUUUUCUAUAUGCUUAAGAACCUAAUAUAUACUCUGUGUGUAUGAUUGCCAUUUAAUCAAGAUUAUGUUCUGGAUUUUUAAGUUGCUAAUCACUGCGUCAGAUAUUUGCUGGGGAUCAAAUAGUGACCAAAACAAAAUGCAUGCAAAACAGAACAGGUUAAUUUGUUUGUAUUUCCUAAACAGCUGGACACUUGUCAUCUCUCUUUCUAUUGCAAGCAGGUGAAUUCUUACUGAGAAUGUUUCACAAGAAAAUAAUCAGCUAGCAAUUAUUAGAUGAGCGGAAGGUUCUAAAAUAUACAUACUUAUUAAAAAUAACAUUUGUCAACUGACCAAUACAUGAUGUAAAAUAACUGGUUUUUCUCAUAUUUUGGAGGCAUAUUACGUUUUACAAUAAAACUUGUGUAAUAUGAAAAUUUAAAGCUCUUGAACAUACUUUAAUUCUUAAUUACUUUUAAUGUACAUUCUGUAGUUGUCUCUUUCAUUACUAAGCAAAUCCACCUUGGUCCAUAUUUGGGCAAUAUUUAGAAUCUGUAAAGUGUGUUGAAAAUGCUUUCUGUCCUCAACGCAAAUUGAAACUUGGAGCCUAUAAACAAUAUAGGUUCUUUCCCCCUACUGCCUAAUUUAUGUCUGAUAGUUCCCAUUAGUUUCUCUGUAAAGUGUUUUGACUCAAUAAAAUGUGGUCUCUAGAUGCACAUCA